AUUGUUCAGUGAACAAGUGUGCUGUUGUCGAUGAGAACAAAAAAAAGUGUGUCGCCUUUACUGGAAGGAUCAAGUAGCCUUUAGUGCUGCGCGUAGAAUCAUUAAAGUUUUAACAAAAGGAAAUUAGGAAAGGCAGCAUUCCCUUUAAUGUGUUUCUAAAAUUAACAACAACUUGCUGAAACAAAAUGGAAGAGGACGACGACAGUUUUACGAACAUUCCCUUGGCUGAUGACUCAGGACACAUCACUGACAUACGGGGUUCAAGAACAGAUAAGAUCUUUUCAACAAUGAUGAAUUCAGAUAUGGAUGCUAUUGAGGCUGAAAAUCAAGUGGAAUUGGAAGAAAAAACACGUCUUAUUAAUCAAGUAUUAGAACUGCAGCAUACACUUGAAGAUCUGUCUGCAAGAGUAGAUGCUGUCAAAGAAGAAAAUUUGAAAUUGAAAUCAGAAAAUCAAGUUCUUGGACAAUAUAUAGAAAAUCUCAUGUCUGCCUCUAGUGUUUUUCAGACUACUGACACAAAAAGCAAGCGGAAGUGAGGCAUCAAAAACCAAACUAUCAUGUUGUGUUGUUGCUGCUGCUUUUAAUUUUAAAUUGCAUAAGGCUACAUAAUAUUCUAGAUGGUAGCAUCAUUGAAUAUUUGAAGAUUUGAUGGCAGUGCUAGACAUUUUAAACCUUUCUCAAUGAACAAGUAAACAGUGCAAGUCUUGGUGUUAGUUUUCAGCAAUGUGCAAAGAUAACGUAGAGAAAACAUUGUACAGUCUGAAGACAAGUGCUUUUGAAAUGAAACAUCAGUUUUUAUGUUUCAAAUGUCAUAUAUUGCCAGGUACUUUAAAUAUCAAACAUUUUACAGUGGUACUAGCAAAAUAAUACAGUGUUGUGUAGAGUGGUGUGGAAAUCCUUGUUUGGAAUGAGUUAUAUGCAUGACUUUCCCUUGGCUUCCAAAAGGUUUAACUCCUUUCUCUCCAUCCCUCUUGAUGAUGUUCAGAAUUAUUCCAGAUAGAAGCAAACAGUGACUUGUUUUUGUUAAUACGUCAAAGCAGGUUAGAGACUUAUUAGUUUGAUGUGAUUGUUUGCACAGUUGUAAAGUGGGAGAAACAUUGUAUAACUUGACACAGCUCUUUAGAAUGAAUGAAUUAUAACCUUUCAGUCCUGCUUCAAAGUAUAAAGCAUAUGAAAGGGAACAUGGGCCUUUAAAGAACAGUUAGUUGCAUGACAGUUGUAAUAGUCAUAAAUGCACAAGCUUAACCUUAAUUUUCAAUGAAGAUGUAGUCUUAAUUAGCAUUUAGCUGCCACAUAUCUUUUAACUUUCAGGGUCAGAAUAAAGUUGCACUUUUCCAGGCAUGAACAGUGGCAUACCUCUAUAAAGAAACAUUAGCCAUUUCUCCCAGCCUACCUGAUAACAUUCAGUUAGUGUGGCUUCAGCAAGGUGUAUGGGAAGUACCAGCAGUUAGGAAUAAACAGUCAAACUGAUUGCAUUGUAUAUUUGCAGCCUCAUAUUAUGGAAUACACAAGUUAUGUGAAGUAGAAAAAGCAUGACAAGCUUGUAGUUUUGAUAAAUGCACUGAGAAGAAACAUUUUGCAUUGCAAUUGAGUUGAUAGGAUGUUAGGAGAUAGGGCAGGCAUGGGCAAACUUGGGCCCUCGGGGUGUUUUGGACUUAGGCUGUUAGGGAUUGUGGGAGUUGAAAUCCAAAAUGCCUGGAGGGCCAAGUUUGCCCAUGCCUGAGAUAGGGCUAUGUGAACCGAAAUUGCUUCUAGCUUGGUUUGAAUUCAUCUUGGAAGCACUUCUUUAAAUCAGGGUUUUUGUGAGAUUCUAUUUUGUGCUUUUUCUUUUGGGUAGAUUGCUGAAUGUUUUUGAAACCACAUGUCCAGUUGAGGAAGAAUCCCUGCAAACAGUAUUCUAAUUUCCAGUAUUGACUAUACAUUGCAUAAGAACCCAAGAUAUCAUUGAGUCCCAGCUAUCAGUAUUAAGUGUUUCAACUUUCUGUCAAUAGAAGAAAACCACCAUCUAUGACAAUGUAGGGAUUUAUAGUUCAUAACAGGAAAGAGUAUUCAAGCAAGAUGAUUUUUUUAAAGGCCAGUUUAAAUGAUCGUUAUAGGAAAGUGGUUUUCCACUUUUGUGUGUCCAAUGAAUUGUUUCCACACUGAUUUGUUGCCAAAUAGCCUUUGUGUCUUGAUAUAGAAACUGGUUUUGGAAAGGAUGGGAUUUCUAGUGCUGUAUUUGCUUUGUGAGGCAAGUUUAACUGAGUGGUGCCUUGUCCUAGCCAACACUCCAGCUGAACUGUGGGCUGUGAACAACAUACAAUAUUGUAUGUUGUCUAUUACAGAGAAAUAUUGGUAGUUAGGCAAGCUGUCUUUAGUGUUGAAGAAUUCCAACAUCCAUCAGAACAGCAGCAUGAAACCUUUGAUCCUCCAGAGGUUUGGAUCAUAAUUGCUUACUCAUUAUAGUCACACAGGCUAGAAUUUCUGUGACUUUGAGUCCACACAUGUUAGGCUGGUGUUACCCUAGUACUGCAUUCAUUUCAAACAUCCAUUGCUCUAUAGUCCUGCUUACAUGAACAUCGCCUUCUGAAGUUGUGUGCCUGAUGCUGGUUACUCUUGUCAGAAUAGCUAACUUCUGGUAGUGGAAUUUGGAAAUUGGUGGAAGUGUAAUCUUUUGAGCUGGAGGCCAUUUCUGUUAGUGCAGAUAGUCUUGUAUCAUCUAGGUAGCUUAAUAAAAAGAGUUUACAGUUAUGGCCAGUCAGGUAACCUUUGUUUGAUUGUUAACAUUUCAGACAUUUUGAUUAACUAUUGAACAGAGUGAUUUUUAUUUUUCUGGCACUCUUCCUCUCUCUUUCUCUUAAAUCCAGAAAGCUGUCAAGGAAUUGCUUGAUAUGUGUUUUGAAGGUGUAUUCAUAGGAAAUACUUCCAACAUUUUAAGUUUAACAUUAAAUCAUGCAACUUGCAGUUUGGGAAACUGCCAUUUAAAUAUGAUUGGGUAGACAAUGUAACUCUUGAUGUCCUAGAUAUUUCUUACUGUGAAGAACUCCACUGUUGUGGCCUUUGUUGACUUAACAAUUGUUACUCCAGAAUUUACACUAAAUAAAAGCUUUAAAAUUUC